CUAACCCUUGGCAUUGUUGUUCCUAAUUAGAUUCUAUAUCCCUAAACGCGCAAAGCCGAAUCGCUAUCGGCCUGUUUUCCCUACCCAGGAAAAGGAACUUUCGCCUAAGAAAUAUGACCUGACCAACUGCAAACAACACGGCCGUCCUGUCAGCUCCAGCCGUCAAAGAAAGUCCCCAAAAAAAAGGAAAAGGAAAAAAAAGAGGAUGACAAAGAGGAGGUUAAGGAGGAAAAGAAGAAAAAAAAGAAGAACAAAGGGAAGGCCAAGUAUAUCAGAAAGACUGAUAAGACCAGGAAAGUAAAGGAGGCUACUGUCGAGGACCGACGGUUGAAGAGAGCCCACCCCACUGCUGCAUUAACUCUGGGCACGUUAAAGAUGUGUGUAGUUGCCAAGCUGGACUCUACUUCCGAUCCCAAUCUCAAUCCCGAGCAAGCAACUUGCUGCAACAAUUCAAGGGCUCAUUCAAUCAUUUAUUAAAAUGUUGAAUGAGGCACGGAUUCGAGCUUUCUGGGCCUGCGCCUUGUGGAUCGAUAACCUGCUUACCACUGGGCCAUCCAAUCCAGCUGAUCUCCCACAACUCCUAGAUGAAGUUCUUGAUAGCAGGGACUUUAUUUACGGCCUUGCUGCGUUGUUGUAUCACGGAGUGAUGAGUCCAUUAUCUAGGUAUAGCAGGGAAGUGAAGAAAAAAGGCGAAGGGAACGUAGCCAAGCCGUCCCAGCUCAAAGCAUACGAAUACUUCUAUGCAAAGACAGGGCUUGGUCCUUUAAACCAGAUCUAUCCCGAUUUGGUGAUCAGCAAGUCGUCUCGGAUGGUCAUGGUCCCUGUUCAAGCAGCGCUAAGGUCUCACUAUCGGAAUGCGCAGUUUGACAUAGAUAUUCCAGGCGAUGGAAGAAGUUCCAUCCAAUUCUUUUUUGAGCAAAAUGCAACUGCCAAAAAAUAUCUGGAUUUCACUACGUCUGCUUUCUCGCCUCGGUCUCUCUGCCUAACGGAAGCCUGUCUCCUGGAUAUAUUAUGGUCUAACCCAACAGUUCGAGAGGAAAUAGUCCAAUUGUUGGAACUAAACAUGAGUACCAAGGGGGCUGCAGAGGACAAGAUCCUUAACCACAAGGGGAUAUUGUUGCAGGAGCUGUUUUCCUUGAAAGGAUACAAGGACGUUGGACUGCAAUCUGAUGAUGGCCCUAGAAGGAAACUACAGACAUCGUUCUUUACAAACGGCCUUACCCUAACACUUCUUGCCUAUGACACAUCGAAGCAAAAAAGAGGUAGAGGUUCGCAAGCUGCCCAACCUUCGGAUACUCAAAGAUCUCAAGCAGUCCAGGCUUCUUCAAGUGCUCAGCAGGGAUCCUCGUCUUCAGGCCAUGGUGCAGGCGAUGGUGGUGAUGAUGGAGACGACGACGGAAAUGAAGAUGACGAUAUCUUGCUGGGUAUCAGCGAUAUUGACUUGCUGGAAGUUGAUGAACCAUUCUUAGAUGGCGACGGGGGAGAAGAAGCAGCUGAAGAAGGUACAUCGAGCACAAAUCCACUGUUCCCGGUGAGUCCCAGUCCCCGGCGUGAGAUCAACUGGAAGCAGAGAUCCCGUCUCCUCGAGAAUGUAGAAGUUAAAUAUGACACCCAGGCAGCAUGGGACCACUGGGAUAAUAGAAAAGCACAGAACGGAUGGGUUGAUUAUGUGAUCAAGGCAAUUCUGAAGCUUGCGGGCGGAAGCAAUGGAAGAAGAAGAGAUGCCAAUACGAAUGCGGUGAUCUGUAUUGGACUAGGAUCAUUCAAGACAAACCGAGGACAAGCAAAUUCUCUAGACUACCCCAUUGCAGGUUGUCAUGAAUACUACACAUCUGCCAAGUGUCCACAACCCCACUGUGACAGUAUAUUGGAGAAUGUUCCUUUUCGAUCCAAGUACUGUCGAAAUUGUAAAGCAUACUUUGAUCGAGAUACUGUUGGUGCUGAGAACAUCGCAAGGGUCUGUGAGUCGCAGAUAAGAGAGCAAAAACGACCUGCAAAAUAUAUGCCGCCGGACGGAGGAACUCAAGGCCAAGCUUCUAGCGGUAGUGGCGGUGGUGGAGGUAGUGGUGGCAGUGGUGGCAGUGGUGGUGGUAGUAGCAGAACCACAAAAAGGAAAUUUUUAGAUGAAGGAGGAGGAGGAGGAGGAGGAGGAGUAGAGGGAUCAAGACCACCGAAAGGACCUUUGCUGGGUCCAGGAGGAGGGGGAGAGACAAGCCGGCAACAACAGUAGGACACAAUCUACUACAAACAUGACUAGGUUCAGAAAGGCCU